CCCCCAAGCAACUCUCACCUCUGCAUCAACAACAAAAAGAAAGACUUGAGCAAGAGCUAGCUAGCAAACCAAGUCCCGAUCGAGCAUGGCAGCUGCUUCAAUCAACUUCCUCGUGUUACUGAUCGCCCUUGCUCUCUCUCCUCUCUCCCUCGCCUUCUCUCACGGAGCUCAUCCGUUCCUAUACCCCCAAUUCUACGACUACUCCUGCCCCAAAGCUCACCAGAUCGUCCGGUCCAUCGUCACGAAAGCCGUCGCAAAGGAAGCGAGGAUGGCUGCUUCUCUGCUCCGACUCCACUUCCACGACUGCUUCGUUAAGGGAUGCGACGCGUCGGUUCUGCUGGACAGCAGCGCGGGAGUCGUGAGCGAGAAGGGCUCCGUCCCCAACCGGAACUCUAUACGAGGUUUCGAGGUGAUCGACGAGAUCAAGUCCGCGCUGGAGAAGGAGUGCCCUCGCACCGUCUCCUGCGCCGACAUUUUGACUCUCGCCGCCAGAGACUCUACUGUCUUGGUUGGUGGGCCAUUCUGGGAGGUUCCACUUGGUCGGAGGGACUCACUUGGAGCCAGCAUUCAGGGCUCCAACCGCAACAUUCCGGCUCCCAACAACACUCACCAGACCAUCGUCACCAAGUUCAAGCUCCAGGGACUCGACCUCGUCGACCUUGUCGCCCUCUCAGGUAGUCACACGAUUGGGUUCUCGCGGUGCACCAGCUUCAGGCAGAGGCUGUACAACCAGACCGGCAAUGGGCUGCCGGACUUCAGCCUCGACGCCGGCUACGCCGCCCAUCUGCGUGCCGGUUGCCCGCGGUCCGGCGGCGACCAGAACCUCUUCCCGACCGACUUCGCGAGCCCCGCCCGGUUCGACAACUACUACUUCAAGAACUUGCUGGCGAGGAAGGGGCUGCUGAGCUCCGACGAGAUAUUGGUCACCGGCAGCCCGGAGACAAGGCGGCUGGUGGAGCUCUACGCGGCCGACGCCGGGGCAUUCUUCGUGCAAUUCGCGAAGUCGAUGGUGAAGAUGGGGAACAUUACGCCAUUGACCGGGAACAAGGGGGAGAUAAGAUACAAUUGCAGGAAGAUCAACCAUCAGUAAUCGAGAUAUAUAUCUAUCGUGGAAUUGCAUCGUUUGUGAUUGUAAUUGUUAGUGUUCUUCCUUCACAUUGCCUGUGAGUUUUCUACUUGACCGUCGUUGUUGCUGUCUCAUCUCCUUUGAUUGUUGAAGUGUAAUUUUGCAUGGUUUUUUCCAAAUAUCAAAGAUUUCUGUUCUUCA